UCGAGAAUACUCACAUCUGAGGUGUUUAAGGGACCAAAGGCCGCUUCUAUAUACAGGGCGGAAGCCAGAAUUUCGCAAAAUAUCAUCAGUGGCUGCAGCAGGACACCAAUGGGCAACGCCUUUAGUUCUCUGGCCAACGUUUCGGUUGCUUCCGAGCUAAAAUUUCGACACGCGGAGGAAUGUGGGAUGUGUUUGGACCAGUUCGAUGAUUUGAGACGAGUGCCUAAGAAACAGAGUUGUGGACACACGCUGUGUUUGGCCUGCUUCCGUGCCAACACAAACGCCUUCGGAACUUUUGAGUGUCCCUUCUGUUAUGCAGAGGCCGAUUACGAGAGGCGGGGUUUGGAAGCUAUCCAGCGCUGCAGGGAAUUAUACGCCCAACAACGUGAAUCAAAUGAAGAUGUGACCGACUCUGCUCACGGACGUAGAGCACCAUUCCAGAUGGUGACCAAGAGUUACCUGGAUGUUUACAAAUACUCACGUCCAAGCAGUUCUAUGCCUCUGAAGAUUUGUAAUGUAAGCAAGAGAUAUUUAAAUUCCACAGAUGUUCAAUCAGCAGCAGUGACCAGGGAACCCAGAGACAAUAAGGUCCUCCACAUGUCCCGUUCUUCAGUCAGCCGUAUUAAUGAGGAUCUCCCGAUGGCCAGCACUUCGAGUAGCCGUGUUAGUGAGGUUCUACCCGUGGCCAGCACUUCGAGUAGCCGUGUUAGUGAGGUUCUAUCCGUGGCCAGCACUUCGAGUAGCCGUGUUAGUGAGGUUCUACCCGUGGCCAGCACUUCGAGUAGCCGUGUUAGUGAGGUUCUACCCGUGGCCAGCACUUCGAGUAGCCGUGUUAGUGAGGUUCUAUCCGUGGCCAGCACUUCGAGUAGCCGUGUUAGUGAGGUUCUAUCCGUGGCCAGCACUUCGAGCAGUCAUGUCAAUGAAGUUCUUCCUGCAGUGGAAUUUGUAAGGCGCCGUGAUACUAAGACAAAUCCUUCAUCGGGCAAAUCAAAUGAAGCUAUUGUUCUUCCUCCCAACACCCUGCUUCUCCCUGCUGAGUGCACUUCAACUGAAGAUGAGGUCCCUCCUUCAGCACGCACCUCGAGUCCCCCCAACACCUUGCUUCUCCCUGCUGAGUGCACUUCAACUGAAGAUGAAGUCCCUCCUUCAGCACGCACUUCGAGUCCCCCCAACACCCUGCUUCUCCCUGCUGAGUGCACUUCAACUGAAGAUGAAGUCCCUCCUUCAGCACGCACUUCGAGUCCCCCCAACACGUUGCCUGCAGAGGACACUUCGAUUUCCCGUGAAACUAUUGGUUUUUCUGCAACUUUCAAUAUAAGUAACAUUUUAAGUCAAAAGGAAAGUGGUUGGUUGAAUUCUCAGUUAAAGCCAAUUAUUUUAGUAUAAUUAUUUUAGUAUAAUUAUUUUAGUAUAAUUAUACAA